ACUCGGUCGAUAGACGGAACUGGUUGCGAUCACCGCUGUUGACGAACAUUGACAAUUGUGCUAUCGACAAUUUAGAAGCGAUAAUUAGUGAUAGACUAGUUCACCACUCCUACUGCACCCUUUGCGCCAAUCGUUCUCGGCCCAGCGGCAAACCAAAUCAAUAUGGCUUCAGCACAAGCAAUGCGGCGGAUAUCAAAGGAGAUGACGGACAUCUCAAACGUCGGAUCAUCGUCCUUCAAGGCCGGACCAAAGUCAGAUUCCGAUCUACUAAACUGGGAAGUCGAGGUUCACGGCCCAGCAGGCACUCCCUACGAGGGCGGCGUCUUCAAGCUGGAUCUGAUACUCCCGCCAGCAUACCCAUUCAGCCCGCCAACCAUGACCUUCACCACAAAGGUAUACCAUCCCAACGUUCUCCACGACGGCACAGUCUGCAUCCCGCUCCUCAAGACUGAGCAAUGGAAGCCCGCGUGCAAGCUCAUAACAAUCAUAGACCUCGUCAUUGCGCUGCUAUCACAACCAAAUAUCGAUGACGCCGUCGAAGGAGAUGUUGCUGAAGUUUGGAAGAACGAUCGGCCCAAGUUUGACCGGACAGCCAGAGAGUGGACCAAGAAGUAUGCCAAAUAGUUUUACAGAUUCUACAACAGUAACAAUUCUACAAUCAUAUUUUCCAGAAAAACCGUCCAAUUUACCUAUUUAUCAUAUAUAAAACAACAUAAGAAAAGGCUGGAUACAACACAGCAAACACC